AUGGAGACCAUCCUAAGCGCGCCACAGGCUCGCGCGGAGUGUGGCUACACUAAGAAGCAGUGGCAAUACUUUCUGGGUAUCACACGUACAUUGAUUAUAAACAUACUCGGCGGCGACGGGGAAACGACAGGAAGCGAUCGAUUCAAAGCCGAGGCGAGAGAGCUUGGGCGCGACAUCCGCGCCACCGGGAAGAUAGUAUCUACUUGGAAAGAGGUCGAGCCACGAUGGGACACUAUCGCAUAUAAUUCCGUAUCGCGGGAGCUGUAUGAACAACGUCUGGAUCCGAUCCCGAUUAACGUAUUUGAAUGGCGCAUGCGUACUGCUUUUGGUUACCAGAAACGAAAGGAGCAGCAAAAGCAAAUCGAUGCUGCUGCUGGGGCUGGAACUGCAUCGACCACCUCGCCUGCAGGCUCGGCCCCUGCCCACUCGGGGGUUCAACUUCCGCCGAUCUGGGACGUAUUGCAGGAACAUUAUGAGAACGAAUCAGAAGACAGAUAG